AAAUAGAAACAUGUCGAAAAUUAUUUUAUUCUCAAUCCUAUUCAGUGCCAUAGCAUUCCAAUCGAAUUGUUAUAAACACAGUCGCGUUGUAGAUAAUUAUUUUGCAAAUAUUCUUUUGAGAUCGAGUAACUUAAUCCAGGAUAGUCCGCAACGUAGUUUGGAGUGCUUUGCAAUUUAUAUUCCGAAAAUCAACGAAUUAACAGCUAAAUAUGAGCUUGAAUACGAAACUUGUUUACAAAGUUCAGCCGAUGCUCGUACUGUUAUUGAUAAAGAGGUCGAAGGUGAUCGUAAGGAUUUAGAAUCAUCUGCAACUGACAUUUGUGGUGCUUUAGAAAAAUGUGCUCAACAAAAUUCUUCAUAUGAAUUCUUUGAAUGUCACUAUGGUGUGGCUGGUGAAUCAUUAAAUAGCACGAGAUAUAUACAAAACGUUUCGAAGGAUAAAAUGGAAUAUAUAAAAUUUAAAUUUGAUACUAUUGAAUAUGAUCAAAAUCGCUGUACAGAUGAAUGCUCUCGUGUUUAUGUAGAAGAGUCUACAAAAACUUAUAGUGAUUUAGAUAAAUGUUUGGCUGGUGUAGCAGUAGAUUCCAAAUCACAAGAGAAAACACAAUCAGAAGUAACCAGCAUUUCUACUAUAACAGAUCAAUCUUAAUAGUAUCUAGCAUCCUUAAUGUUGUAGUGUCUUAAAUGAUAAAAACGUAAAAACUAUAACCCCCGUAUUCAUUAAGAUAUUCAUCGCUUAUUUUAUGUUUAUUAUGUACAUUUUCCAUACAAAAUUUCUACAAU